AUGUCGGAGAAGCUUAUGCAUGCGGUUCAGUACGACGGCUAUGGAGGAGGAACUUCUGGUUUAAAGCAUGUUGAGGUUCCAAUACCAACUCCAAUCAGAAAUGAGGUUUUGGUUAAAUUGGAAGCAGCUAGUCUAAAUCCAGUUGAUUGGAAAAUUCAGAAGGGCCAGCUGCGGCCUCUUUUCCCAUUGAAUUUCCCUCUCAUACCUCUAACGGACGUGUCUGGAGAGAUUGUAGAAGUUGGAGAAGGAGUCAAAAAGUUCAAAGUGGGUGACAAAGUUGUGUUAAUGCUCAACAUUUUUUAUGGAGGUGGGUUGGCUCAGUUUGCUGUAACUAAUAAGAGACUGAUGGUUGCUAGACCACCUGAAGUUAGCGCAGCCGAAGGUGCCGGCUUACCUAUUGCUGGUCUCACAGCUCACCAGGCUGUUACACAGGCUGCAGGGAUCAAGCUUGACGGCACUGGCCAAAAGCAGAAAAACAUAUUGGUCACUGCAGCCUCUGGUGGAGUCGGUCACUAUGCAGUCCAACUAGCAAAACUCGGAAACGCUCAUGUUACCGCCACAUGUGGAGCUCGCAACAUUGAUUUGGUGAAGAGCUUAGGGGCAGAUGAGGUUCUUGACUACAAGACCCCUGAUGGGGCUGCUCUAAAGAGUCCAUCUGGUCGAAAAUAUGAUGCUGUGAUCCACUGUGCAACCAGUAUUCCUUGGUCUACUUUCGAGCCUAACUUGAGUGCCAAGGGCAAGGUCAUAGACAUCACUCCUGGUCCAAGUGCCUUCUCUACUUGUCUUGUGAAGAUGCUAACUUUCUCCAAAAAGAAGUUGGUGCCACUUAUGUUGUAUCCCAAGACUGAGAAUCUGGAAUGUCUUGUGAAGCUGGUGAAGGAAGGAAAGCUCAAGACGGUGAUCGACUCGAGGCAUCCUCUAAGCAAGGCUGAAGAUGCUUGGGCUAAGAGUAUCGAUGGCCAUGCUACUGGGAAGAUCAUUGUGGAGAUUAAUUAG